AUGCCAUGGCCUGAGUCCGAUCUGAAUCGAGAUAAUGGCUGUACCGUUAUCUGCUUCCAUUCCUCGCGGACAACCGGUCCGGUUGGGGGUCAUCCAACUCGGCCGACUUGGCUCAGAUUGGCCGGUUUCGGAGCAGACUGCUUCCUCGCCCCAUUCCGGACAGGUUGCCUCGAUUCACUCGUGCCCCCUCGAGCCGUGUCCCUACGGCCGGUCGGCCAUUUUCGCCAGUCCUCCUAA